AUAUUUGUAUUCCUAAAUUCAAAUGAAAAAAUAUAAAUAAAUUAUUAAUCGUCACAUAAUUCAUAAAAUAAAUCCAUUCAUCCAAUUCAAAGCAUUCCCGCCAUUUAGAUCAAUGUCAAGGGUGGCGCGCGACUUUCCACCCCUAUUCCCACUCCAUCCUUUAAUCCCUGUCCCUGUCCUACAUUUCAACCUCAAUAACACUACUGAAUCUUUAAUUCAUCGAUUGAAUAUUCAACAAUCCUGGCUCUCCUCUUCAUUUACCACAAUUCUCUGUUACUGUGGAUAAUUAAUUUUAAUGUGAUGCAUUCCUUUACAACUGCACAGGGCGAAAAUUUUUGAAAAAAUCAUGGGACGUGUUGAUCGUGAAGAAUCUUUAUGGUACUGACAAUUCGUGGGUUCGGGGGAAAUAUUGAUAAGGUUGAUGGAGGAGGAGGGAUACUUUUUGGUCGAUAUGAGGCAGUUGGGUCUAAUAGAAGACUCGGUGCGCCAUUCAUUUGCGUUGCUCAACGUUUGAGAGUCGCGUGGCUGUGACAGUGUGAAGUUGAUAGGAAGAUAUCCCGAAACAAUCCCUCGUGAUUCCAAUGCCAAUCUCUUCCUCGAUUCCACUAUUGUCCUUAACAAUUCGGUUGUGGAAAAUCGAUUGAAAUUCCGUUUGUGUAACACGGAGAAUUGUCAAGUAGCAAUAGAGGAGAGUCGACGGAUCGAUAUGACAUGUAAUGGGACAUAAAAACUGACAUUUGUGUUACAAAAACCGGUGUAUCUGUGUGAUACUUGUAUUAUUGGAUAUUGAAUGAAUACGCUACAGCUGUGGCCUUGAUAAAUUAUCCUUCGGGUGUAAUACGUCGUAAUAAAACGUGUGAACUCUAUCAGUCAACAGAAAUUUGUUAAUUAGUCGUGUCGCGAUGAGAUGAGUCAAUUUAUCCUCGGACUUUAGGCUUUUUCGAGAUAGAGAACUCUUUACAGUCUUUUAUUUACUUUAGUCUUAAAUUUAUUGGCCGAUAAUGAGCAAUGUUUAUUAUGCUAGUGUUUGCUUUUCACUAAUUCGCUUUAUCAGGUGAUUCUGUCUCAUAGUGAUAUUAUCGCGGUGAUAUCUUAUCGAAAAGCCCAGGGUCGUUUGAAUUUACCCUGGCUACCGUCCGCGACGCUGAUUGUCAGUUGUGAGAUUACGAAACGAGUCGAAAAUAAUAGCAAAAAUUGAAGGGACGAUUGAGAGAUAAUUGACGAGAAUCACGAGAGGUUUUUCCCAUUCAUUCAUCUAUUUAUCGUUGAUUCUCAACAGAAGUGAAACACUAUGUUGGAUGAGUUUAUAAAUCACGAGGAGAUAUACAGAAGAUACUGAAGACAUAAAAUGUGAACUGGAGUAUAUGAAUUGAGAUUAGAGAUUGAGAAGAGAAUUGUUUGAGUGCAGCAUGUGGAAAAAGGUGAGGUGACGCGCGCGCAACCUUCUAGAGUAUUAGGACCUUCAAGAGUUAAUGUGUCUCGGGAAGGGGGUGCUCUGGAUUAAUAAAGGUCUGGAGGUUGUGGAUAUAGGUAUCUCGACAAUCGAAGCGUUUUUAUUCGCUGGUUGACCUUCUGGAGAUGGACUCGGUGGCAGUAACAGUGCCACUUCGUCCACCGACGAAAAAGAUGAAGAAGCGUAAAGAGUUGGAUGCACUUGCACCGUCCCACGUUGUCUCGAGGAGAACAUCGGGCAAGAGAAGUUCACAGGAACUACUGUCGGACAGUAGUGACGAGCGUUCUGAAUACUGGAAUGUCUCGAUGCGAGGCAAUCGCAAAAGCAGAGCCCGCAGGACUCGCCCCUGUCCUGGAUUAUUGCGUGCAUGCAGUGCAUUUUUCGGUUGUGCCUCUGUCCUAGCAACUGCCAGUCUCAUCUGGUUGUUCAUAGAUGUGCGUCAACAGCUCACAUCACUCAGAACUGAAGUGGACCAAGCCAUUGCCGGUAGCGAAGCACUCCCCGAAGCCCUCCAAAAGUGCCAUUCUGCCUCCCAGAAGCUUGAGAAAAAUCAGACUAUUUUGUUUACACAAUUGACCGAUGUCAAGGGACAAAUUGCCGAUUUUUCGUUGCAGUUGUCAGACAUUCAGAAAGGACUGCGACAGGUGCGAGAACAGCUGAAAAAUACACCAGAAUUAACCAAUAUACCGGGAGAGCUUAAAGACGUUAAGAAGAGUGUCGCAACAUUUGGAAGUAGCAUUCGAGAUUUAGGAGCUACUGUUAAUGCCCUCAAGGGAACAGAUACCAAAAUGCAAGAGAUACAAACUAGUCUUUUGAAAAAUAUUACAGAUAUACAGAGUACGUUAAUCACCUUAUCGAAUAUAACGCGGAGGCCAGAAAUUUCUACAAAUGAGACCAAGUUAAAGACGGAAGAGCUCAGUCAGUCGCUUGGCCAACUGAAAGCAGAUUUAGUGAGCAUUAAUGAGAUACUAACAAGAAAUCUCACAUGGGUCUCUAAUGACCAGAAGAAGGAUCAUACUCUUCUGGUUUCUCUGCAAGAUUCCACUCAGAAUGCCCUCAGCAAAGUCCUGUCACUCCAGGGCGAAUGUGCCAAAGCAUCUGAGCAAUCAAAAGUCAUUGAAUCAGUCGAGAAAUUGACUAGCAGUUUAGCAGAGGUUCAGGCCAUCAACGCUGAUCUGAGGGGCAAAUUAGCUCAACUGGAGCAGGGCUACAGUCAACUUCAUAAUUCCACAAAUGAUAUGUUAAAUAAAAUAGCAACAAUCAACAGUAAUAGCCCCAACAGUAACAACGAGCAUUCUCAAAUUAGUGGCAGCUCCACUCACGCCACCAAUUCUCAAUCUCCGAAUUAAAUUCCUCUCUUAGUUAUAAAUUCUCAAUUAUUCGAGAUGGAUUUCUCAUCAGCUGUAACUGCAAUGAGGCUUCAACGAAGAGGAAUUGAUGGAUGAAGAUGAGGAUAAAGAUGAAAAUUCCGUUACAAAACGGAUUGAAUUGUUUUACGUUUGAUAAAGGAACGUGCAAUUGAAUUUGGGUGUUUGUAAAUAAAUAAUGCUUAAUAAUGUCGAAGAAAAUGAGCGAAAAUACUCUCAGAAAGUAAUUUGGAAAUCGGCAAGCAGUGGAGGGAGAAACUGACCAAUAAUUAAUUGCUAUGGAGCUGAUCGUAUAUUGCUCUUUCUAAAUUAUUUUACCUCAUUUUCUCAACGCAUAAUCGUCAUCGAUGCGCACCAAUCCAAAAGUAUUUAUCAUUAUGUAGAACAUAAAAUAGUUGUUCUUUCUUUUUGUUACACAGUGGAAAAAUAUGGAAUGAAAAUUUGUAUGACUGAUGAAGCAAUAAUUAAGACAGUACUUAAAUCCUUUCCAGGAAGAAUAAAA